UCAACGUCUCUUCAAACGUCACAUAUUUAAUACAAACUCGACACUGCUUCUUUUAACGUUAACUUCCCAACCCUUCACAAUCCUCUUCACACCCUCGCCAGCACUAGAUAACACCAUGUCCAUAGCACGCAAAGAGAUAGUUGGUGGGCUUAAAGAGUUACAAAGCCAAGAGAAUGUUCGGCCCGACCCUCGAGCAUUCCCUUCCCAUUUGUUUGGUUUUUCUCAUCCUCUUAAAAGGCGUCGUCUAGGCAUAGAUGAAGUCGCUUCAGGAAAUCCAGCGGCAAACCCAACCGGAAGCCGACACUCGGUGUCGCACGAUCGGAACAAGCCAUUGCAAGAAAAACUACCUUCUCAACCUGCUGACCAAGCUCCUCCUACUGGUGAGACAAACAUUUCCAAUAAAUUUGAAUUUCUGAUUCGUGCAGCAAAAGCCCAAACAGGAGUCUUGAGCGAAAGCCAAAAGGAGCUUGUCAUUGCCAAUAAGAGAAUUGCUGACUUAACCAAACAACUGGAUUAUGCUCGUGAAGAAUGCGAUAGCCACUACGCUAAACUGAAUCUGACAUCGAAGGAUUACGAAAAGUGUAGGAAGAAGAGCCUUGAGGAUAAACUAGAGUGGGAAGCCCAAGAAAAGGAUCUGAAACGGGAGAAAUCAGAACUCUCAUCUGCUCUGGAAGAAGCCAAAGACGAAAUUGCUCGCAGCUUUAUGAAAGGCUUUCACAGAGCCAUCGAGCAGGUGAAUAUUUUAUUUCCCAACACGGACUUAUCUGUAGUAGACCCCUUGAAAAUAGCAGUAGAUGGAAAAAUUGUAGCUGAGUAGAAAAAAAGUUACAGUCAGGAAUUUGGGAACAAAAGUUUGUUUACUUCUUUUUGAUGCAUGUAAA